AUGACUUCGAGUAUGAUUGGUGGGCUAAUUUCAAGUGAGGUUCGUAAUAAGGCUUUGACAUCGGUUAGUGAGGUGUUUUGUGAUUUCAAGGACUAUUAUGGAACAGAAGUUUCUUGUCGGCGAGCUUGGAUGGGUGUUGAAAAAACAAGGGAUGUUGUUUUUGGUGACUAUUCAUCUUUAUUUGACGAUAUUCGUUGGUAUGUUGAUACCGCUAAUGAUUAUAAUCCGGGGAGUGUUUUUUAUAUGGAAUUUGAUAUUGAUAGUAAAAGAAGACAUUUCAAAUGCUUGUUUUUCGCUUUUGAGGCAUGUAUUCAUGGUUUCAAGUAUUGUCGGCCUGUGUUGAUGCUUGAUGAAACUUUCUUGAACGGAAGACACAAAGGUUGUUUAUUGGCUGCUACGGAAAAAGACAGUAACCAAGGUUUAUAUCCAUUAUAUUUUGCCAUUGUUGAUAGUGAACGUUAUGACAAUUGUCAUUGGUUCUUGUCAAAGUUAUUUGUUAUUUUGACUUCGGGAAGGGAUAAUACGUUUGUUACUGAUCGACAUGGAGGUUUGCUGAAAGCUUUAGCUAAGGUCUUUUUGUUUUCUUCUCAUUCUUUUUGUCCAAUGCAUUUGAAAACAAACUUGAAGACUUAUUUGUCAAUGAAGAGUCGCGAAUCUAAAGAGUAUUUGCUCACUCCUUUUGGUAGAUGUGCAUAUGCUAUUACUAUUGAGUUGUUUAAUGAGCUAUUUGAAGAAUUUAAAGGUCGUUGUGGUCGUAAUGUUCAGAAGUUUCUUGAGGAUUUGCCUAAUGAGUAUUGGUGUAACGCUUAUUUUCAAGGCAAGAGGUAUGGUGAAAUGUGCACAAAUGCUGCAGAAUCUUUUAAUUCAUGGAUUAGGGAUAAGCACCAUUUGUUUUCAACUAAUCUUGUUGAUGCUAUACGGGUGAAACUAAUGGAGCACUUUUCAAAAAGUUAUUGUGAUUCUUAUUCGCAUUCUAUCUAUUCAGUUCCUAGUAUGUGGAAGCCAAAUGUAGUUCUUGAUGAUGACGUUGUUUUACCUCCUCUUUGUAAGAAACCAGUUGGACAUUCAAGAACAGAGAAAAUACCUUUGAAGGGCGGAUCAAGAGAAUUAGGUGCAAUAGUUGAUGUUUUUGGUGUUUUAUACAGUGGUAAAUUUAUCGCUGGUUGGUUUGAAUGA